AUGGCCGAGGUAGAGCAGAAGAAGCGAACCUUCCGCAAACUCACCUACCGCGGCACAGACUUGGACCAGCUGCUGGACGUGUCCUGCGAGCAGCUGACGCAGCUGUACAGUGCGUGCCAGCGGCGGCAAGUGAACCCGGGCCUGCGCCGGAAACAGCACUCGCUGCUGAAGCGCCUGCGCAAGGCCAAGAAGGAGGCACCGCCCAUGGAGAAGCCGGAAGUGGUGAAGACGCACCUGCGGGACAUGAUCAUCCUGCCCGAGAUGGUGGGCAGCAUGGUGGGCGUCUACAACGGCAAGACCUUCAACCAGGUGGAGAUCAAGCCGGAGAUGAUCGGUCACUACCUGGGCGAGUUCUCCAUCACCUACAAGCUGGUGAAGCACUGCCGGCCCGGCAUCGGGGCCACCCACUCCUCCCGCUUCAUUCCCCUCAAGUAGUGGCUCAGCUAAUAAAGGCACACAUAUCUCCAAAAAAAAAAAAAAAAAGGAAG